CCGAAGCGGCGUUCCUGCGCACGAGUCGCAUUCCAUCACCCACCUUCGCGAUUAGCCGACAAGCCUGCGAAGGCUUCGCUGCAACUACUCAAGUAUUUAGAAAGGAAAGUGUCUGUGGUUUUUAUUUGCGACAUGUCACACGAUUAACGGUUUAAUAUGGCGCGUUUGGCAUGUUUUCUGACAUUGGUCGGCUUAUCGGCGGGCCAACUCACGCUUGACGGCAUCAAGUGUGGUCAACUCACGUGUCAAGUGGAAGAAUAUUGUUCGCCCGAGACAUUCAGGUGUGCGCCCUGCUCAAUUGUCUGCAACAAAACACAUCACAACUUCGACUCUGGUCUUUGCAUCAAAGAAUGUCAAGGCUACCUUCUCGAUUUGAGAUACAUGCUUCGAUCUGAUACAGCGCCGCCACCUUCGGACAUCAGCAGUGUUCAACGGCAAGCACAGUCUGCUUUGAUUGUGAGUGGAGUGGCUUUGGCAGUUCUACUCUUGGUGUUAGUCAUUGUUUGCCGAGGACGACUCUCGUGGAGGUACAUAAAGCAAAAACUGCAGCCUUCUAAGAACCGUGUGAAACAAUACCCAACUGACCUUACUCAUCACAAUCCCCAUGCAGAAAUGCCGAAACCGAAACACGAUUUGAAAUUAGAGAUACGAAACCCUGAGCCCCCUAAAAGACAGAACCAACCCCUAAACGUCAGAGACUUAGAUACAAGAACUCAGACAGAGAAAAGUCAGGGGGCAACGACUCCAAAAACAGUAAGCACAGCGAUCACAAGCAAUAGGCAUCCUGCUGAAGACACAACAUUGGAUUUUUCUUAUGACAAUAUGGGGAUGAAUGUUACUCCACCUGGGCAGCCAGCAGCUAGUCACAAGUUCUGAGUUGCGGCUGUUAGUUUUGGUGGUGUGACCUUCAAAAUGUUUGAGACAAUACCAGAAUGUGACGAGAACUAAUUUUCAAGUGUCUAUUGCUAUUUAUAUCAUCAAACAAUCUUGUUUCGUUGACUAAUUGAAAGUGGUGCUAAUUCUCACCAAUAUUUGACUAUGUUUAGUUAGUCAAAAUAUUUUUACAAUAAACAUGAAUUAGGAAUUUCUAAACAGUAAUACAUUUUUGUUGCAAUAUUUCAAGCGGAUGAAUUAGGAGUAUUUUUUUUAAUUAUAUAUAUAAAAGAAAGCGAUUUUUUUUGUUGAAUGAAAUUAUUGUUUAUAAAUUUUGGCCUACAACUGUACCAUAUAUAAAAAGAUUCAAUGCGAUACUUAUAGCGCACUCCCCUUCAAAAAAAGUCGUAAUAUCAAAAUCAGUUUGUUUAUGAAAAUAUUAAAAGUAUAAUAAUUAAAUUAACCGUUCCAACCAUUUGAUUGGAUACUUUAUCGGAAGCGUUUAUUUAGUUUAUCAUAAAAAAUUUAUCAAGAUGAGAUGAAAAAGAUAUGUACAAUAAUUUUAUUUUGUAUGAAAUAGUUUAAAUAUUAAAUCAUUGAAAACUUCAACUGCCUAACUAUCACGAUUCUUGAGAUACAGCCUGGUGACUGAUGGACGGACAGACAGCGGGGUCUUAGUAAAAUAUGAUCCCGAUUUUACGGCGUCUUGCUCCUUGAGCCUCUACUCGACGGAAGGAAUAUUCCUACCGAAUUUCAAGUCUCUGGAGGUCUACUCGCAAAAUCGACAAUGAUACAUUCGGAACGAUACGACAAUACUCCGAAUAUAUCGCAACUAUCCUACUCUAACAAUUGUUCGAAUUCCUUAUCGUUUAUCGUUACCAUAGACUAAUAUUUUGAUUUUUUUACGAUUUUAGUGUGAAUGAAAUAUGUUCAAACCUAAACAUUAUCUGUGCUAUGUCGCUGUUAAGUGUCAAAAGUCAAAAUAUAGUUUAGGCGUUAAGGACCAUGCCAGACUUUGCACCACCAAUUUGGUAUCAUUUACACAUAAUGUAAAUCUUAACAAAAUAUAUAAUGAAUAUAAUAUGAAAAUUUAAAAUUGAAUAAAUAAUACAAAACUUGCGGAUAAUGUAUAUGUGCUAUAAUAAUUAUAGCUUUGUCAAGUGAUUACUCUCUUAGUAAUGUCUUAACCUUCACAUCUAGAUCAUUUAUCUGUUGUUGAAACAAAAGAUCAGCUUUAGAAAUAUUUUCCACAAGCCGCUGAUCCAUUGUAGUAGGUAUACUGAGCAGCUUGUAUCACCAAUUGACCAGUUCUCUCAAGACUAUAGAAAUAAUCUCGCACAAUCUUCUUAAUCGCACUUCCAGCUGUCUCUUGUGUAUCACCCUGAUAGUUGGCAAACGAACUAUGCAAAUAUGAUCCUACUGCAUGUCAAUAGUACAAAUUGGUCUCGCUGAAGAGCUUUUGUAUGUUAUCGCCCAAAUAAGUAAUCUUGCACCAUCCUUAUGUGGUUCAUCUUAGACCAGGCUAACAAGUGUAACAUGGCAGCUGAUAGCGCUGCUACUGGACUUCCAGUCCCAGUAGUCCCAAAUAAAAUUCUUACUAUCGUAGCCCUGAGAGGUGCCCUCAUACUUAGUUUCUGAUAUAUUCGCACAGCUACUUGCUUGUUGAACGGUGUCACACUUGAUAGUUCAACGGAUGUACCCAAUACUUAGUUUCUGAUAUAUUCGCACAGCUACUUGCUUGUUGAACGGUGUCACACUUGAUAGUUCAACGGAUGUACCCAUGCUUGCUGCCAAUCCUCGAAUCCUGCGGCCGGUCCAAGCUACGACAGAUGCUUCUGUCAAUUGCUUGCUUGCCAUAAUAAAAUGUUAGAAAAAGUAACUCUUCGACUCUUCUUUCUUCUUUAGUUCUCGUCGACUUCCUAUUUCUCAGAAGGCUAUUUGCAUUAUUUCUACGCAUAAACGAUCAACAAAAUGACUUAAAUGACUUAGUAAUAAAAAAACCCUGUUGAAUAGUAAAUCACAUAUAAUUAUUUCAAUAAUAUUUAUUAAGUAUGUAUAUUGUAUGGCAAAUAUAUCUAUACAACUUGAAACGAUAAUAGCAUCGACAGCCUAGAAGGUGUCGUUGAGAUUAUCGUAAAAGUGACGUUUGAUUAUUUGUGAAAUUCGAAUAUUCGUCUCUGACAUUUUCAACCAAGAGUAGGGUUAGGACCGAUAAUAUCGAAUAAUGUUUCGUUCGUUCAAUCAUCGUUUCGACAUUGAAUACGAUGUAACUAAGAGUAGGAUUCGACACGACUAAUGCCACGAUUUAGCGCAUAUCGAUUUUAGGAGUAGGCCCCAGGGCCUUAUGUUACCUUUUAUAUAUUGAUAUUGAUUUUGCACGACGAAUAUCAAAAAUUGUAGCGCGAAAAAAGUACAAUUUUUUAUAUUAGUCAGUCAGUUCUGUCUCUCCGCCGUCUGUUUGUCUGCCCGUAGUAUAGACUGUCUCUUGAAUGUAUUGAAUUGCAAGAAUCAGUGAUUACUAAUUAACAAAUACGUAAAAUUGUUAUGCGCAAACUUUAAUAUUCUGAGGGAAAAAUCAUUUCAAUAAACAAGAAAAUGAAAUUAUCUACAAAUUGUAUUUAUAUUUCAUUAAGAUAUAAAAAAUAAUAUGCUAAUUGCGCUUACGACCUUGUUCGUUGGGGAGUGCAACAAGAUUUUUAAUUUAAAAUUACAAAAAGGCUCAGUAUCAGAAGAUAUUACUGUUUGUCAAACAUACUAAGCAACUUUAAUUAAUGUGCUGUAUUUAAUAUUACGUUCUUGCAAUAUCUAUAUUACGGGACUCCGAGAUUUCUUGGAAAUACUUUACAUUUUAAUAUACUCGGAUUCAAAGAACUUCUAGAGUUUCAGUUGUAUUUCUAGAGUUCCAUUUCGUGUUUAUUAUGUUACUGACAUAACGUAAUUAUAAUUCGUUUUCUAAGGAUAUUGUAAACCUGUACCUGCUACAUUGAUAAUUAAAUAGUGGAGGUGUAUCUGCGAUGUGUGAGUGUUUACACAAAACUUAUUCAAAGUCAUGGCCAUUACAGCACAUCACAAACAUUUAUCAUCAACAAUUAAUUAAAUUUACUUGUAAGUCAUUUAUUUUAUCUGUUAGUAGUAGAGGGCCGUCUUAUUACUACUCAUAAGAUUGAAAUACUUAAUUAAUGUAUUGAAGAAACAAAAGAUUGAUUUUGACAUUUACAAUAAUUUUAAGGUGAUUAAGUUUGUAUUGAUCGAGUUAUACAACUCAUGAGUUUUAAUACUUGUUUUUCUCACAAUUCACUAUUUACCUUUAAAUAUUUUGAUGUUUGUAUAUUAUGAAUAGAUAAGCUAUAGUAUGAUGUAAUUUAGUAUAGCUCAAAAUGUAUCACAGAAUAAUGUAUAUGUUAAGUGAUAUAGAAGUGUAUUCACUAGUAUUACGUGUAUUCAAAUAGCAAUAAUUUUAUAUAAGAUGUAAAACGCACUGCACAAAAUGUUUCGGAAUACUGAAACGUAGAAAAUAAUAGCUUCCGCACGGUAACACAUAUGGGAAAGUAUUCAUUUUAAGCAAUUGUAUUAAAAAAAACAACCAUUUCAAAAGAAAAGAAGCACUUGUGCGAUAAGUAUAAUGUAUUAAAAAAGUUAAAAAAUUACUUUUCAAUCAGACAAAAAGCAUUAGUACGGAAAGGCUAUCCUUUCUCACGCUAAACAAUAUGGAAUAGAUUUAAGAAAAGGUAUUAAGAAGUAUAUGAUUAAAGAUAAUCAAAUAUUUAUCUGAUACUUAUGUAUACUUUAAAAUUUACUAAUCUCGUUCGUAGUUUCUUAUACAUUUAUGUAUGGCAUGCAUUGAAGCGUGUGAUGUGAUUGAGUUUGUAACACGAUACUAUAAGGUCUUAGGUCGUUUUCUGAUGCGUUAGAAUUUGGUAUCUUAUAUUAUGUUAUUUGUAAUUAUGCUAAAUAACAAGACACUAAAUAAGAUUUGUUUUAUGGAUAUUGAUUAAAUAUUAUGAUUUAGUUAGAAAUAAUUGUAUUGUCUUUUCAAGCGAGUUCAACUCGAUUUAGAAAUAUAGUGAAUAAAUAUGUCAGCUGAGGUAAUUCUUUGAUUUGGUGUCAAUGUUUGUCUUGUUCUUGUUUUUGUUUUGUUAAGUUGAAGACGUCCAUGUGCUGGGUUAAAUUUGACUGAUGUGACUUAGAUAUAAAUAUUAAUCAGCAGAUAAUAAUAUUAAUUUAAAGAGUAAAAUUUUUAAUCACGAUUUAAUAUAAGACGCAUCAGGCAAGAGGAACAAUUAUUAUGUGUGUGUUAUUUGAUGUUGUAAUGUGCUUGUCAUUAUUGUUAUAUGUUUGUAAAGACUGACGGUGUUAUACGGUUAUCACAAAAUAGUAGAUUGUUUACCGAGGGUCGAAAGAAUCAAUUCCCGAGGUAUUUAGACGCCCGAGCGCAGCGAGGUCGGCUAUAGUCCGAGUAGGAAUUGAUUCUUUUACCCGAUUUAAACACUCUACUUUUCAUUUCGAAUAUGAGAAAAAUAAAACUUGUUAUUUUAUUUUCAAUGCACAGAUUAGUAUCCCGCUAAUUUAUGUCGACUUUUUAAAUUUCAAAUAUGGAACUUACCGCGUAAUGAAGUUUGCGCCAAGUUUACACUGGCUGUUUAGAAAGUCACAUGGCAUUUCUUUUGAUUGUUUUUUUUUUACAUAAAACUCUUCAUAGCUGACAGCACUUCUAUUUUCAAAGUUUAUUCCAGCCCUUGGGUGGGAAGUAAUUUGUAUGAGUUUUUCCCUCUCUACGGAGGGAAGCAGCAUUUUCCACCUAAUAAUCAGAUCAAAACAACAUUACUUUCCGAGUAUGAGAAAUGAAAAAAAUUUUUCAACAUGGCUUUGACACGUGUUCUGUUAAACAGUGACCUAACUAUGUAUAACAGCGUCGGUAACCUAACAAUAACGACGUCUAAAAUGGAGCAUAUCUUUUUCUAUUACAAAACAGUGUUUAGCUUGUGCUUAACACCUUGACAACAACUAGUCGUUUUACGUCGUUAAGCACAACAUAAACUGAAGUGUUCAGGAACAAAAGGAACGGAACGAAAUUUUUGGCAGAUAUCAUCUAUCUGUCUAUCUUCCAUAAUAAUAUGAUCUAUCCGUUAGACACACCUUACACAAGCUUCAACUCGUGUGAUGAGCAAUGUUUAAACAUUGUUUAAUGCUGAACAACAGAAAGGCACAUAAUAUAACUUUUUUAAGAUAAGUGUUCAACACAUGUUAAUUUUUUUUUGUAAUAGCAUAGUGAGUGUUUAUUAAAGUUUUAUGCACUAAAUAAACAAACACUAAAAAAAUAAAAGAAAAUCAAGUGGAAUUAUUGCUCAUAGAAUUAUAACGAUAAUUCGUAACGUGCGAAUCUGGAAUUACAAUUAAAUUUCUGAAUUGUCCUGUUAAUUACCGUUAAAAAUUUUUUUAUUGCAUGUUGUAUGAAAUUAAUAUUGUAUGAAAAAAAUUAGAUUCUAUGGUAGCAUCCAACAUGUCUCUAUGAAGUCUCACACUUGUAUAGAUACCUACAUCAGUACGCUGCAGUAACCAAAUCAAAUUGUAAAAUGACGGCAUUUUUAUCACCAAAAUUUAUUUACUUUACUUAAAUUACUAAAAUGUGUUCGUUGUAUUGUAGAGCUUUUUAUUUUCAUCAGUGUCUGUCUGCUUUCCCCACAAAUACUCAACAGCAUAAGUAAAACAAUAUUUCAAUGUUACAGCAAAUGUACAGAAAUCACAGUUACCUAUAACCAGAAUUAUUAGAGGAAUCAAUGCAGAUGAUUGUAAUUUUGCACACAUAGAGAGAGACAAAUGUAGACAGAUGGGGACACAUGCGGAGCGUCGGCUUAAUUAUUACCUGUGACAGGAUAUCGACCUGUGGCGUGUUUGCCUAACACCUGACGUAAUUGAAGAUGGCUUGUCAAUUAUGAUGCUUGGCAAUCUGUUAUUAAUACGCAUUACAUCUAUACAACACUGUUCGUUACAAUUAAUGAAUACAUAUAUAAGAAAGUUGUUCAGUCUGAUAUUAAAAAUAAUUCAUCAAGACUUAAAAAGGGAGAGAAUUCAUCACAAAAGAAACACAUUGUAAUAAGAACUGUCUCUUUGAUGAAUUUAUAGAUUUAUUUUAUCUAGAAUAAUUAGAGAAAUAAAUGACCGUCCAUACAUUAACAUUCCAUUAGCGUAAGAUAUAGUUUUAAGUUUAUAAUGAGUAGUUAAAUUAGUUGUUCAAAGUAUGUUAACAAUAUUCUUUUCUUAGGUGUUUACUUACAAGCUCUGUCUGUCUUAUUCAAAACGCCAUGUGACUUCAAUUUUAAAAUGUGAAUAUGUUGCAUUUCAACGGUAAGAUAAAGACAAAAACUUUUAAAAUUGAAACUUACCAUCGCUUUUUAGCGUCUGUUUUUCAAGUCAUCAUAAUAUAAAUAUAUCUAUUGAGGAAUAACAAAUGAAUAAACCAAUUUUUUAUUAUGUUUACAUGUAACGUAUAGUUUAUUGUGUCAUUGUUAAGACAUUAUUAUAUGGCUUCAAAAAUCCCGCCUCCAACCUUUGUUUAGAAAAUUACAUCCAAAUAUACAAAAUAAAGAUAUUAAAAUAAAUAUUAUUAGAAUUACAAGUUUAAAUAAGAUAUUUUUUUUCGGAUUUAUGUCAAAUGUCGUUUACUUUAUAGAUGAUGUCAUCACUUUUAUGAUUUUUUUUAAUAAAUUUGGUCACUAGUUAAACUGCCGUACAAUAUUUGUUACACAUUUAUGUAGAGUUUUUAUUUUCAAGUCAAUAAUAAAUUGAAUAUUCGACAUAAGUGUUGUAGUCGGUGAGUAUUUGGAAACAUUGCUUCAAGUUGUACUUUAAUGUGUAUAGAAAAUAGUAAUUAAUUUUACUAUGUUAGUAAGGGACUACGCGCACUUAUUCAGCUCUUUUCAGCUUUUGUCCAUAGAAAACAACAAUUUUGAAUGGAGACGUGUACGCGUCGAUUCAGCUUUCCGCGUCCAGUCUGCUUUCGCGGCAAACCAGCAUAAAAUGAGGAUAAAUGUGUUUUUAUUAUGCGAAUGCUAUAGAGACCUUUCGGCGCUGUUCCGCGGCGUACAGCGCUGUUCGCCGGCGAACAGCUCUUUACAGGGAUGGUUCGCGAUUCCUUGUCUACAAGUUGCGACCUGUAUUGUUCCUGCAUUGAUUUGACGUAAUCAUUUUGCACGCAAAGAUUAAAGAGUGCAGACAUGAUUUACAGUUAUUAUUCUCAUUCUUACGACUCCGUACGCGGCUGAUAGAAGCAGAGCUGUAUAAGUGUGACCAAAAUCGUUCAGCGAAACGCGAAUGAAGCUGAAUAAGUGCGCGUAGUCCCUAAGGCGACGAUUUUAAAAAAUGAAACAUUUUUUCUUUUAAUUUAAUUCUUUUAUCACUCAUAAUAAUUGUGAAUAAUAUCGACUGCUUCAAAUGUGCUGUUAUAAAUGUGGAAAAUUAAAAGCGUUAUGCUUAAUUUUUAAGUAGUUCUUAUUAUAAAAUGUAUAUUAUUCUGUGAUUGAUGUGUAUAAAAGUUUCGACGCGAGAUAAAAUUUUACAGAAUAUUAAAUUACUCCCUCGGGCAACUCUCGUGUACUGCAAGAGAGCGUCGAGUUACCGUUGAUUCUUAAUAAGUUUGUAUUUAUCAGGUUGUAAUAAGCAGACUUUUCAAAAGAGCUUACUUGUUAUGUCUGGCUUAUAAAUUAUUUACAGCAAGUUAUUAAUAGAUUAUGUUGGUUUUGUAUUGCGUCUGUAUUGAUUUAUGGGCGCUGAUCAAAUACGAAACUGAAUGCCGACGGAUACAAAGUACCCUUUUUAGCAUAUUUUACUAAAGUAAGUUUAUUAUUGCGUAGAGCAUAAUUUUGUUAGAAGUAAUUACUUUCUAUUUGUGUAUAAAGAGAAAGGGGCUCGUGUGUGUUUGUGUAUAUUAGAAUCAUACGAAUAAGAAGCUAAAGAUAUAUUUAGCAUAUUGUUAGUCGCUACCUUUGACAGGCUUUUCUACAUAAACUAUUUAGUGAGCUUUUUUUCCACAUAAAAUGUAAUGCUAAUUAAUUUUAAUCGCUUUAGAAAUAUAGUGCAAUAUACUGUAAGCCUUCUAUGAUAUAGGAUACAAUUUCAGCUUAAUAAUUAAUCUCAUAAAUGUGUUUUUGUAAACUUUUUUUAUUAUUUUAGGGUUACAAUGAAAACUGCGGCAGCGUGGCACUUAAAUAGGCUAAGUUUUGAUAUAAUUUAUACAUCGCUCUUUCUUUGGGCAUAGUUAUUUAGGUAUUAAUUAUAACAUUAAGUAUAAUAUGAUACAUUUAUUAAUUAAACUUGCUUUAAUACGUUUAUAUAUAUUAUACGUUUGUAGUUAGUAGUUUCAAUUUCGACAUACAAAAUAAUAUAUUUUUAUUUGUAACUUGCUGAUCCAACAGAUGUUGUUCUAUUCAAAAUACAAAACAAAUUAAUUUAUUAUCUGAAACAAACAAAUAUAUAAAACAAAAUCGUAUUUCUGAAUGGUCCAUAUAUUAUGUACUAAUGCCACCACAGUCCCCGUUGCCAAAAAAAACUUAACUCGUUACUGACCUCUACAUGAAAAAAUUUCAACCAAAAUUCAAGUCUCUAGGCCUUUAUGUUUCCGAUUGAUUCCGUUGAUGAAUACAACGAUCGAAAUCUCUUAUAGACAUUAUAACUGACCCGACAGACGUUGUCUUCUAAUCUAAUUCAAACUGAAACGGAAUAAUAAAAUAAUAAUUAUAUGUUAUUUUUUAUUAUAUCAGUAACAUAUUGUUUAUUGUACCUAAUGCUUGUUGAUACACAACAUUGUUAGUUUUGUUUCCUGGCGCGUAAAUAAAUAAUAGUGAUGGUUUUCCGACUCGGGUACAGGCGACAUACAGAUGGCCAUGACAAGCCAAACACUUAAUGACUGCCGUUGCAUUCAUUUUUUGAUAUCACAGACAGUAGCCGUACUAGAAAUUGUAACCGUUUCAAGUCGAAUGACAUGUCGUUCCGAAUCAUAGGGACGCGUGGAAUCAAAACGUAUUUGCCUCUAUCAUUCCCUUUUAAAAUUGUGGCUUCGAUGCUGUUGUUCAUUAAUUUGCUCACAGCAAGCUGGAUACCAUUACAAACACGUGUCUGUAAUACGUGACAUAGCUUGCCGAGGACUUCCAACGUAAGUUGCUGACAGAAGAGUUCUUCAGUCUAUCGCUCUGUCUUUCACUUACAUAUUAACAGCAUAUUGGUGAAAUAGACACCGACAUUUUAAGACGUGGUUGCCUUCAUUUAGAUUUCACGGACUGAUAAAAUUCGACGUUUUAUGUGCUUUAAGUGUCUUUGAGUGUAAUGGCUAAACGGAACAACCCAACGAUUAUAAAAUUCCAUGUCCUGUUGGUUCACUUUCACUAUUGUUGAGCUUCUAUUGUCAUCUGUGUAUCUGCGGUGAUAUAGUGGAUUACCAUCGUUUCCAGUUAUUGUUUCUGUUACUUAUUGUCUUGUGUAGCGUUUUGAACAUUUUUCAAUAACCAUUAAUGGAGAAAUAUAAUUCAAUAUUCCACAAAGACCAAUCAUAUUUUUUGUAAUAAACUCAUGGAACAGUGGAUCUUCAUGAUUAUCAGGAAUGUUUGCUGAUUUUACAUUAUCGAUUUUAUCCAGGCUUAUCCUCUCCGCGUAGAAUCUGGCUGCUGUUUAUAUUAAAAAACUAAAGUACUUUUUGAAACAUAUAAUAACAAAUAUACACUAGAACUAGAAGCAAAUUAAAGUUAAUCUAUACGUAAAGAGAGUCAAGAAUCAAGAUCAGCUUUUCAAUGAUUUAUAAUUAUUAAUAUGUUAUGUGAUAAAAAUAAUUAAUAAUUGUUAAUUAAAAAUUAAUUUAGAAUGUUUGUGUUAAGGUGCACUGAAUAGUUACUUAGAUAAUAAUAUGAUACUUGUAAAUUUUGGAGCCUUCAGGUAUUCCGUCCAUUAGAUAAGAAAAUUUUAAUACUUAUAAGUUUUAUAAUAUAUCAUAGGUUAGUUUUACAGUGUAACAAGACUUAUGGAUAAGGUUUGUCAUUGUUUAUAUAAUUACUUAAUAGACACAUUUCAGAAUAUAUAAUCUACUACCUACUUAUUAUAAAAGUCUUUUAUCAUAGUGUUAUUUACAAUUAUAGCAUAAAAUAAAUUAUAAAUAAUUA